AUAUGUCUGGAUAGGAUAUAUAAUAAUUAAGCAAAACAAAUGGGAGAUAACCAAAAACGGCAUCUUGUUCUCGUACAUGGUAUAUGCCAUGGAGCUUGGUGCUGGUACAAGCUACAGACACUGCUGGAGGACGCCGGUUACCGUGUCUCAAAUCUUGAUAUGUCAGCCUCUGGCAUUGACCCGAAAAGCCUAGCUGACCUUAGCACAUUUCCUGAAUAUACAGACCCGUUACUUAACUUUAUGGAGUCGAUUCCAUCAGUUGAAACUGUAGUUCUAAUCGGACAUAGUCUUGCUGGCAUGAACUUGGCUUUUGCAAUGGAGAAAUACCCUAAAAAGGUUUCUUUGGCAAUUUUUAUUGCGGCUAUAAUGCCUGACGCUAUAAAUAAGCCAUCCUUUGUUUUGGAAGAGUACUUCUCACGGAUCCCGCCGGGAGCUUUUAUGGACUCUCAUUUCCCACCAUUUGGCCGCCCCGAAAAUAAGCUGAUGGCAAUAAACUUUGGUCCGCAAUACAUGGAAGCCACAAUAUAUUCACGCUCCCCACCUGAGGAUCGUACUUUAGCAAAUAAUUUAGUGAGGCCAGGCUGUUUCUUUAUGGAAGAUUUGUCAAAAAGGAAGCCGUUUUCCAACGACAAGUAUGGAUCCGUAAAGCGUGCUUUUAUUAUAGCUGGUGCAACUGAUGCCGAACACAAAUUCUAUCGCUGGGAAAUUGAAAAUUUUGAAGUGCCAAUAGUGAAAGAGAUGGACAAGGAAACUACUGAUCACAUGGCAAUGAUUUCAAAUCCUAAAACUCUUUGCCGAUAUAUAUUGGAUAUUGUGGAAAAUAAACCAAAUUAAUGAUCACUGAUGAAUUCAAGAAUCAUUUGUUGUCUACUAGUAUUUCAAUAAUUGACUGAGUAAUUUAAGGAGUCUUCUUGGAUAUGUAAUAGCCACGUUUAUUUUGAUGCAUUUCCCUGUAUCCUCUAGUAUGUUUGGAAUGUAAUCUGCAAUAAGUUUUUUAGGCAAUAAGAAGUAAUUUU